AUGAAAGAAGCCCCAACACCACUCGCGGAUGGCGAACGAACAGCCCUGUCAGUCGAUGACCUCGAUCGACUUGCCACAAUACGGUCCUGGCCCAGGACACGGCUCAGGUAGUUGUCACAAUGCUUGGGGAGUGUCGACUGAUCGAUCCCUCAACAGGGAAGCCUCCGUGUAGUAAGUAACGCGAACAGCAAAACGUUUAGGGGACCAGCCCGUUGAUAUACGUUCAUGAUGUCAACCAACCAUCCAUCCAGCCUUAGCCGCAGAUACCGAACGGGUGGGCCGAUCCGAACUUUGCGCGAGACAAACCGGCCUCGAGCUCGCGACACCCGAAGGGGUCGUCGUGGAAGCUCUGCAACGAAUACGGGACAAAUUUUCUCAAGAAUGGCUGCAGCAUGCAGCGUAGCUACGGUUUCGAGUAAGUAACUUCAUGAACUGUGCUCUAGGUGUGGGAUUAUUGAGCAGCUAAUGGAAAGCUACCAAACAGCAUUUCCCUUCAACACGUCUUCGUUGAAUGUCAACCCUCGAGUUGCUUUCCUCCACCAUCAAUUGGUGACUGCAUUCGUGAGUUUCACGUGACAUUGGCUGUGCAGGCAGGUGUGAUGGAAAAACUGAUACGAACAACAGACAUUGGAUCGUCAGUGACAGGAGGUGACCCUAUCCCCGAAAAGCGGGGGCACCCACCGUGGCCUGUCUGGGAAAACGACAUCGAUGCCCACAAGCACCCCAUAUUCUACAACAACGCUCGCGAAGGAAGCAGGCCACGGGAAAAUACAGCGGAAGGAUUGACUUCGUACGGUUGAGAAUCCGGGUCCAUGGGACACUAGAUGUGAGUCUUCACUGUCAUUGCUACAGAUGGACAACAGCAAGAAUACUGACAGUUGUAAUCAACCAAUCACGCAGAAAAAUAGGCUCUGGUUCCGUGGAUUGCGGCUCACCAUCCCGUGGCAGAUCCUCAACGACUCGGUUCGGGGGAGUGACCGUCGUGUUGGCAGGUGUGUGCCAAUCUUUCAAAAGCAAAACGCAGGGCAGCAUGACUAACUGACCGGUUGGACUGUAACAUCACAGGAAAUCCGAAGCAAUGCCUUCCCGUUAUUCCACGUCAUCGCCUGCACAAAUCGUCGACGCUUGCAUCAUGAAUGCUGACUUCUGGGGAGAUCUCUCUGUAAGUAGUAGUCCUUGCCUGACUUUUGGACCCUAUACUAACAACAGCCCACGGUGCGAGCGCAGACAAACAUGCGUCUUCUGGCCGCUGCAGACCGCAUGACCGAAACGGAACGGGCAAAGGCAAUACGUCGAUAG